UUGGCAUCCCUGGUUUAUUUACUUGUUUUUGGCUAAAACUCAAAUUAACGCAGUUCGAGAAAAAUAACACAUUAAUUAAACACAAAAUAGCUUGUUUUGUUUACUCCAGAAAUAUAGAGGAAGUGUAAAUAUUAGGACAGCUGUAUGCUUCGAAUAAAUUUGAAUAAACAAGAUUUCGCUGAAGGAGUGAGAUGGCGUUUGUUAGCAACUACCUCGCCGAACUGACAGACAUCAAAAUGGAGCCAGAGUUGAUGAUUGAUGACCACGAACUAUCGGAUAAUGAUAAUCUUUUUGAAGCAGCGGACUUUGGGUCAAUUGAGCAGGAAGCCGAAAAGGGAGAAAAAAAUGAAAUAUUCUCCACCGGUGAAACGGAGGAAGGAAACCACAAUCCGACAUGUAACGAAGACUUCGCAGAUGAAGGAUUGAUGAAAGAACCCAGACGGUUGCCCUUGGGAAUGAAACCGCUCACAUGUGAAAAGUGUGUAAAAACAUUUCGCACAAAAUUGGGACUCAAACUGCACUUUCGAACUCAUACGGUAUCACAUUCCUUUGCAGAAGAACGACCUUAUUCAUGUUCUCAUUGUCCAAAAACGUUCAAGGAUUCUUCAUCAUUCCAACUUCACAUGCGAAUUCAUAGGGACGGGCGGUCCUAUUCUUGUCUACUUUGUUCUAAGGCAUACAAGCGUCACACAACGCUCAAACUACAUAUGUUAUCUCAUACUGGUGAACGUCCGCAUUCUUGUCCACAUUGUCCGAACGCGUUUAAAAGUCUUUCAGAGCUUCAAGUACACGUUCGAUCUCAUACGGGUGAACGUCCCUAUGAUUGCCCACAUUGUACGAAGGCGUUUAAGCAACAUUCAGCACUCAAACAGCACAUUCGUACUCAUACAGAUGAACGCCCUUAUUCUUGUUCACAUUGUACGAAGGCAUUUAACCAACAUUCAGCGCUUAUACAGCACAUUCGAACUCAUACGGGUGAACGUCCCUAUUCUUGUUUGCGAUGUCUGAAGGCGUUUAAGAAUCCUUCAGCACUCCGGAAGCACAUUGGAACCCAUACGGGUGAACGUCCGUAUUCUUGUCCGCAUUGUCCGAAAGCGUUUGUAGAUUCUUCAACGCUCAAACUACACAUUCGAACUCACACGGGUGAACGUCCCUAUUCUUGUCCACAUUGUCCGAACGCGUUCAAGGACCCUUCAGCACUCAAAAAGCACAUUCGAACUCAUACGGGUGAACGUCCCUAUCCUUGUGCUCAUUGUUCGAAAGCAUUUACGGAUUCUAACACCCUCAAGCGACACAUUCGAACUCACACGCGUGAACGUCCCUAUUCAUGUCCACAUUGUCUCAGAACGUUCACACGCUCUACAACCCUAAGAAAACACCUGCUUACACAUGAUGAAGGUACAGACGGCCUGGGGCAGGAAUCACAGGUUGUCGUGAAGGAAGAGAUAACUGAAUGCUGAAGAAUCCAUUUGUCGUUGAAGACAGUUGAAAAAUGAAGUAAGUCCAUAGGAUGAAUAUUUGCCUAUAUUAUAGGCAAAUCAGGGUGAAGUAUUAUACGUGCAGUCAUUCACCAACUGGACUUCCUUCAAUCAGACUUAUUUUUAAUAGGGCGUGCGUUAAUUGGGAUGUAAAGCAGUUAUGUAUCAGUAAUAUACGUCAUCUUUAAUUAGAGACGAAUGAACUCCCAGA